AUGAACAGCCUGAAGCUAUUUUUGUUCUUUGGACUUUUUGCAGCUGUGAUCUGCAAGUACGAAGGUGAGAAUAAUAGCAAAAUGAAUAAUAAUAAUAAUAACAAAAGAGGUAAUGAUCAUGAUAGUAAAGAUGAUGAUGACGAUGAUGAUGGUGGCCAUGAAGAUGACCACAACCACAAAAACAAUAACAAUAAUAAUUAUAAUAAAAUUAUUAAAACCACAACUCGAAAAAUCUUCGUGAAAACCACCACUACAAAACCAAAGAACGUCGUCACUACAAAAACAACUACCGUUAAUAAAAUAAGCUCAACCACGAAAGCCACUACCACCAAAAAAGCGACAACCUCCACCACGGCGACCACACCAGCUACUCCUGGAUACAACUGCGAAGACAAAAACCCCUGCACACCCGAAAACGCUCUCCAAAACAAAUUUCACUUUUCACUUGAAAAUGACAAAACUAAAUUUGUCCAAUGUUCCCAGUGGGGUCAGUGUUUUGUGAUGCCUUGUUCUCCAGACCUUGUUUGGAAUGAGGCUUUUUCGACAUGCACCUUGCCUGCAAACUAA